CUGACGAAAUAUACAGAAAAAAGAUUGAUUUUGUCCCACUUCUCAUAGCAACAUCUACUCUGGUCCAGGCAAUGCUGACAACGUCACUUUCUCAAACAAUAAUCUGAUAUUUCAGUGGCUUGCAAGGGGUAGAACUAUUUCAAUAACAUAAAGUGAUGAGCCUGGGUAAUCCUGCAGGAAGUGGUAAACCUGCUAAUAGAUGGGCCAGGGGUGUCAUUUGGGUAAGAAAAUGAGGACUCCAGCCUUUUCUGUUAGAUGAUUUAACACUACUUCAGGUUACCCUGGGCCUGGUUUGCUACCAAGCCUGGUUCAUUGAAUACUCCCCAGUCUCAUAGUGUAGACUUUCUAUUCAAGCCUGAGAGUAGGUGGUAACAAAACUAUAAGCUUAGACGAGAGUAAAUUCUGUGACUCUUAAAAUACAGAAAUACAAAUAACGUCUAAAAAAUGUAAAUACAUCUGUGGCACAAUGUAUACUGGUACUGGCUGUACCCUAUAUGCUUUACAGACCUUGCUGCUCACAUAGAUGCACAGGAAUGCUUUUUAAAUAUUCAUAUGCUUGUGGCAUACUCCUAUUUCAACACCAUGUUUUAUGUUUCCAAUUGAAGAAAGGUAUCCAUGCCAAUAAAUCAGUGAGCACAGUAGGCACAUUCAAAUUGACAUUCAAGUGGAGGAUUGUCGGUAUUCAGUUUAAGACAAGUUUUGGAAUACUGUGCUUUCAUAUGUGGAACAAUGUUCUACAACCAGAAUAUUUUAAAAACACAACCACAUUUUGAAUACAUGUAGUUUACAUGUCUCAUGCACGGAGAUAACAGACACCAUUAUAUUAAAAUCAGAAUAUUCCUUGCAUGUAACUUAACUGUGCUCACUGACUGUGUCAACACUGACAAUAACUGACUGGACAUUACCAUGAUAAUAACUGACAAUGUUGUAUUGGCAGGUGGUGCUCCGGGACACAACACUGGUCGUUUUGGUGCGAUGCAGAUGUUCCUGUGUUGCAGGUACUGCAUUGUGUAAUCAUGCGGUGGCCCUUCUCUUUCAAACGGCGCACUACUCAGAACUGCAUGUACCAGUUGUCCCCCCUGUACACAGCUGUACAGAGUUAGAGCAGCAGUGGCACAAACCCAGGACAGCAGGUAUAAAACCUGGUGCAGUUUCAGACCUGAACCUGGUCAAGCCUGUUCAGAGUCGGAAGGGCAGAGGAGGAUUACGGAGCACCCUUUACCGAGGAAUGAUUGGCCCACUGCCCGAUCUGUCAAUUCUCCGUGUGGAUGAAGUGUAUAGUGUCUUGCCUCCAGAGGAUAGGCCGCUUAUCACAAAAAUGGGGAUUGGUACAGACAAGCGACUUGUCGAGUCAGCAUUUGGACUUGUCCAGAGGGGGAGUGUACUCUCUUACCAACAGCCAAAACGCGACUCCCGAUCCACAGAGGUACAUCCACAUGCUCCACCUCCUCCAUCCCUCCCCCUCGCGAGCCACCAGCUGUCACCAACAGAAAGUGUAUGGGUCUGCACAGAGGAAGAGCAGCUGCAUCUGCAGAGCCUCCAAUUGACUAUGGAGAUGGCACAUAAAAUUGAAUGCUCCACGAGGGCGCAGAGCAAGGACCAAGGCUGGCACAUGCUACGACAGAGCCGUGUAACCUCCUCACGAUUCAGGGAAGUGUGCCAUGUUAGGGGUCAGAGCUCAGGGGAGGGGCUUGCAGAGAGGAUGAUCAAAGGCACAAGACAAACCGCCAGUAUGAGGAGAGGAUCUGAACUGGAGUUUGAUGCGGCCAAAGAAUAUGUGAAAUGCAACAACGUCAACUACACACCUUGUGGGCUAGUAAUCCAUCCCCAGGCGCCAUGGUUAGGAGCCUCGCCAGACGGCCUUGUCUACGAUCCCACUGCCACUCCAUGUCAUGGUUUAGUAGAAAUCAAAUGCCCGAACGUGAAGAGUUACAUAGAUUGUAAGUACUUACACAUGUGCAAUGGCACAUUUACACUGAAAAAAAGCCAUGCAUAUUUUUGGCAAAUUCAAGGUCAGCUCCUAAUCACUGGAAUGGAGUGGUGUGAUUUUUUUGUUUGGGCAGAGGAGGAUUACUUUGUUCAGCGACUGCAAGCUGACGAAGAUGUACAAGGCAUAAUACGGCAGAGGUGCGACAAUUUUUUCUUUAGCAUUUACAUGCCCAAGUAUCUGUCAAUGAGACGUGCACAGCUGAUUGGCAAAUAAUCAUUCUGUUUUAUUGUACAGUCACAGUGAGUGUGUAUGUGAAUCAUAACAUGUUUUUCAAUAUCAUAAAUACAAUAUGGAAUCCUUUUACAAUUUCAUUUCAUAAAAUCUCU